AUGUACGAAGGGAUUGACAACCUGAAAUCCCUUUACGACCGUGCCGGGAAGACUUUCUCCGGCGGUCCUUCUGCGGCACAGGAUGUGCCGCGUCGUACUGCUCAACCAGACCCAGUACGUCGAUCAUCAGUUGGGAGCGGGGCUCCCAAGAAUCCCAGGACGGGGGAUAGCCGCGCCACCGGACGAGAUAACUCGUCCGACGUCCGUCCACGUCGCGGUGGUUCAACAGCUGCUCAACUAGAUAGCGCUGGCCACCGCGAGAGUCCUCUAAUGGAGGUGGAGGAGGAGGAAAGACGCUCUCCACACGAUCAUGUGGAUCGGUGUGUUCCCGAGAGCUUUGAUCGCGUAACGCAAGGGUUACGCGACGAUCUCGAGCAUGAGCGGAAUAGGCGUCUCCAGAUGGUGGACACUGCCUCGAAGCAUCGAGCUGAGUUUGCCUUUGCUCAGCUUGAGAACGAGAGAUCUCUGACAUCUCUUCGUGACGAGCUAAGGGUAGCUCGUGGGAUUGUUGAUCGGUCUCGGGCUGAGAUAACUGCUCUUCAGACCCUUGUUGAUGCCCACCAUCGGGAGCACAAGGCUCUCUGCGAGAUGCUUGAGCGCAAGGGCGUUCUUCAUCGGAAGAAGCAGCGUACUGAUGGUACGGCUUAA